ACGGUGAACGGACUGUACAAGGAGCGGUUGCUGUCAUUGAUGUAUACUUUCGCGCGCUUCCCUCGCCCCCUCCCACCUAGCAUUCUCAUCGCCUGGGCCACAAGUUCAAAAUCUGCUCUCCUCUUAUUAUUGUAAGUAAGCAAAUGCUAACAGUAAUAGAUUUAGUCCUAAAUGUAACAAUAUUUGUUCAUUAACCGUCAAUAAUUGAGGGCUAACAACCAAGAACUACUGUUUGCUUUGAGAAGCGUAAUCUGUUAGACUCUACUUAAUGUUGCUUGGUUAGGAUUCCCCAAUGCAGGGGUUUAGUUUCAUUAUUUUCAGGUCUAUGUCAACUAAUUAUGGAAUAUUUUCAGGUUAUCAAUAAUUCUGAGUGAUCGAGAGACCUAACCUAGCCAGAGAGAUGAGUGGUUUACAGGCAAGUGGCGAUGAGCUGUGGGCUCUAGUAGAGGAGGAUGGAUACUUUCCUGCAGAUUUAAAAUUGAUUUUAAAAGCGACAAAGUUUGACAAUCUAUUUGCUCUUAGUCGCUUCGACAUGGAUAAAGACUUGAAAGAAAUUGAAUCUUUCAUGCAAAACACUUUGCCUAAUGUGAUUUCCUCUUCUAAAUACGAAGAAUAUUAUUCAAUUUUCAAGGAUAAUCCAAAGGCUUUCGUCUUUGUUGGUGGUCUUCGAGCAGCCCUGAAACUUUUAGUGGACAGAUCUAAAUCCAUUAUUUCUUUUAACAAGAAACGAUUGAAUUCUAGUGACAAUGUGAGUGAUACCAAUACCAGCAGCAAAAAGAACAAAGUUACGCCAAGCAACUCUGAACCAACAAACAAAAGCAUAUGCGAUGGAAAAGCAGAUCUUGAGAAGACUAUCAAGAACUAUAUUGCAGCCAACUACCCAUCUUUAAAAGACAAGGAAAUUGUAUGCAAAGUGGUUAGAGAUGGGUUAGGCUCAUUAGUUGCAGAAGCAAACUGUCCAGUACAGGACUGCGAAGAAGAAAGAAAAAUAACACGGAAUGUAACCAGGUGGAACACCAGUAAUUUUUAUGCUCAUAUUAGGAGCCACUUUAGCAAAAGAAAGAACAAUAACCUGUCUAAGAAUGUCACUCCAAUUGACUCUGUUUUCAAACCUGUUGGAGGUAAAUCCAGGAGGACUCAGAGGACCAUUACUUCAUCAGAUGAGUCUGAUGCAGAUGAUCCAAACGGUGAGAAAACAAUUGAAAAUGGUGAUAACACAGAAGGAGAGAGAGAGUCAGGAAAUGAAAAAGAUAAGGGCCAUGGCGGUGCAAGAAAUGGGGACAUGAUUGAAAACAACUCGCCUGAAGAGUCAGCAGAUAAACAAAGGUGUGAUGAUUCCUCUUCAAAUAAAUCUUUUUAGAGAGUGGGGGGCAGCAGGAACAUGCGGCCCAGGCCCUCCACCAUUUACAUCAUAAUUGGCAACUCAACCAAUACAGCCGCAGUGAACGACAAAAGAGGAAGCUAGCCAUAGCUGCUCAAGAA